AUGACCACUAAAAAUUUAAAAAGAGAGGGCAGUAACGGUGAUAGUGGAGAUGGCGCUGUCACUGGUGAUACACAGCCACCAAAAAGGCAAAAGACAGAUCUCAUUCAACUCACUGACGACGACAUUGACAAGAUCUACGAUGAAUUCAAUCUAGAGAGUAAUCUACCACCUUCCACGAGAUUGCUGAGAAAUGAGUAUGGUCCACCGCCGAAGAAGCUUUUUCUCCAAGAAGCUGACGCAGGUUUACUCGAAUACAUGGAUAGAUCAGUUUCAGCAAUUUCUGGUAUUGUAAAGCACAGAUUUACUGAUUUCUUUGUUAAUGAGAUCAACGAGCUCGAUGACGUUGUCAGACUUAGUGAUUUGUCUUUACCUGCUGAUCAAUUGGUUGAUUCACGCCUCAAAGCCCAGGAACAGGCUGACAAGCUCGAUGUUAAGCAAUGGCCUGAAGACGCCUACGACCACCUCUCAAACAAGCUAAACAAUGAAACAAUCGAGAAAAUUAAACAUCUCACUCUUGCUGGUCCUUCAGACGAUACAGUCACUACAGAAUCACUCGGAGAUGACAAAGAAGCGAGAAGAAGUGUUCAUGAUAUCGUACGCGCUGUUUUUGGUGGUAGAUUCGAUACAUCUGCUACACCUGCCUCUGAAAUAACUAUUAAGUGGGUCAGAGGUGGUAAACCACGCAAGGAGCCAAACCAAUUCGAUAAAGAACACCCUUACAUUCACUUUACUCUCCAGAAAAGCAAUAGAGACUCGAGUGAUACUAUGAAUCACCUCUCACGCAUGCUGAAAAUUAAAGACAAACUUAUCAACGUUGCCGGUACAAAAGACAAGCGUGGUAUUACAACUCAGCGCGUCUGUAUCAAGAGAGGCGGCUUGACAUUGCAAGACGUUUGGAAAAGAGUUAACAACGCAGGCACUGCUGAAGAGAAGGAGAGGAAGAAGUGCAGAAGGACUAUUGAAGAGGCCUUAUCAGAGAGGGGAGAGAGAGGCUGCAGGAUUGGUGACCUUUCGUACGCAACUAAGAACUUCGAUUUGGGUAAUUUGAAUGGCAACAGAUUUGGAAUAAUUUUGAGAGACGUUGAGUGCGACAGUGAGGAAACUAUCCACGCAUCACUCAAAGUACUAUCGGAAAGAGGUUUCAUUAAUUACUUUGGUAUGCAGAGAUUCGGUACUUCAGUAGUACCAACUCACUAUAUUGGAUGGCUUCUCCUGAAAAUGGACUGGGAAGGUGCAUGUAGCAGCAUACUCCGCGUACAACCCAACGAAGAUGAAGAAUGCGUUAGAGGAAGGAAGGCAUGGCUGGAUGAUAACAACGCCAACGCCGCGCUCAAGAUACUGCCAAGGAAAAUGGUAGCAGAGAGAUCAAUAAUCGAUCACCUCAAGAAGCAACCAAAAGACUUUUUGGGUGCAUUGGGAAAAAUACCGCGCAACUUACGCACAAUGUAUGUACACGCGUACCAAUCCUACAUCUGGAACGCAGCGGUUAGUAAGAGAAUUAAAGAUUUCGGGUUAAGUGUAGUUGCUGGAGAUCUAGUGAUGGAGGGUGAGCAAGUAAAAAGAGUUGAAGACGGGGAAUUAGACAAAUACAAGAUAUAUGACGUGAUUAUGCCACUUGCAGGCCAUAACACCAUGUAUCCAGGUGGACAAGUUGGAGACAAGUACAAGGAGAUGCUCAAGACGGAUCAUUUGGAUUGGGAAAAGCUUUGGAGACCUCAAAGGGAGUAUUCGAUGGAGGGUAGCUAUAGAAAGAUGGUACACCUACCAAAGGAUGUUAAGUGGGAAGUGAUAAAGUAUGUUACAGGUGACGAGCAGCUUCUCAAGUCAGCAGAGGAGGAGAUGUUAGGACUACCAGUCGACAAGGUGGAAGGGGAGAAGAGAAAUACGGCAGUAAGCAUGAGCUUCAACUUGGGAAGUGGAACUUAUGCGACGAUGCUGCUGAGGGAGAUACUCAAAGGAAAUGAGAAAAGGGUGCAUGGGUGA